AUGAGGAGUACGUUUUUGCUGUGGGCGGGGCUUGUGCACUUCUACCUCGCGAACGCAGAUUCCCUCACCUGGCUCAACUACCUACGCAGCCGAGCCUACAGAUACAGAUCGAACCAGGACAACUAUGCCUCCCUUCAAGCACAAGAUGAUGCUGAAGCACUAGACUGCCCCCUGGAGUGUGAAUGCCCUCCUGCCUAUCCUACUGCCAUGUACUGCCACAACCGCAACCUCCAGCACGUGCCUUUUGUGCCCUCACGCAUGAAGUAUGUUUACCUCCAAAACAACCGGAUCACUGGAAUCACAGAUGGGGUUUUUGACAACGCUAUUGGGCUUGUGUGGGUCAUCCUGAAUAUGAACCAGCUAAGAUCUGACAGAAUCAGCAGCAAGGUCUUUGCUAAGCUAUCCAAACUGGAGCGUCUGUUCUUACAGCACAACAAACUCGAGUACAUCCCAGAAGGACUUCCUCAUUCUCUUCAGGACCUACGCUUGGACCACAACGCCAUCACGUCCGUGCCUCCUGGGUCCCUGCGUGGCAUGAACAGCCUCACAGCUUUGCGUCUUCAUUAUAACACCAUCCAGGAUCUGGGCGGUGCUGUAGAGCCACUGGUCUCACUCAGCUUUCUGGAUUUGCGUGGGAAUCAGUUAUCAAAGGUUCCUGAGCAGCUUCCAACCAAGCUGAGUCAGCUGUACCUCGACCACAACCACAUCUCUUCUGUGCCUGUGGAUUUUGUGAAAAAGCGACCAGAGCUGCGCUUUAUGCGCCUCUCGCACAAUCGCCUCGCCGAUGCUGGAAUCCCACCCAAUACUUUUAAUGUGAGCACGCUCAUGGAGCUGGACCUGUCCCACAACAAGCUGGAAAAGAUUCCAGCCAUCAGCACAAGUCUGCAGAACCUCUACCUCCAGGCAAAUCACAUCAAAGAGUUCUCGGUCAGCAGUUUCUGUCAAGUUAUAAACAUGACCAAUUACUCCAACCUGCGUGUACUGCGGCUGGAGGCGAACAAGAUCAACCCUCAGGAUGUGCCCCCUGAGGCUCUGUUAUGUCUGCGCAAAGCCACAAGUAUCAAUAUAUAAGCAUGAAAUGAGAUCAUGCCGACAUUAACAUCCAGGCAAAGUGGCUACAAACUAGUCAUCAUACUUACUUACUUAAAGAACAGGGCUUAAAGUAAUGUACAUGGAUAUUAAUAAUGGUCAUCCUACAGGCAUGAACAACUCAAGUAUUUCAUGCAUUACACUGUGGUAUAUAACAAACCAACAUGUUAUAUUUGAGUAACAAUACUCAUAGGAAAUCAGUAAAAGUCUUAUUUGAAAAGA